GCUGUUCCUGGGGAGAGUGGGUGGGAGGUCCCAGUUCCCUGGAGCUGGAUAUCUCCAGCAACCUCCCUCCGGUCCCAGGCUCCCAUUUACUCAACCUAGGCCUUCCUCCACAACCUCCUGUCUUAUCCCUCUUCCCUCUCGUCCCGGCCCUCUCCUCCCCUCCCUUAUUUUCUCUCCUCCUUUCCCCUCCCCCUUCUUUUGCCUGUCUCUUUUUCCCUUCCAUCCAUCUUGAAGGAAGGACUCCUCAGAGUUCUCCUACGAGGACACACCCAGAUUCUCCUCACGCGUGGAGAGAGGUCCUUUUCAUAAGCCUUGAGCCACUUCUGACCUCCGGAGUGCGGGCAUGUGUGCCUGUGUGUGGUGAUCUUGGGGGUGGUGGUUGAGAGAUAACAAGUUGGCAAACUCACAUGGGUCAGGAAGUAGCUGUGUGUUAGAGCACAUGCUAUGCCUCCACAGGUAGGCCCUGCCACAGAGUAGGCAACCAACAAAAAUCUGAUCCUGAAUGAAUGAAUGAAUGAAUGGCAUCUGUGAAAAGAGAUCUGUAUGCAUCACUGAGGGCAGGUGUGUGUUUGCAUGUGGUGUGGAUGAUUUUAUGUUCAUUCCCCUGUAAGUGGGCUAUAUGAGUUUAUGUAUGUGACCACAUUUAUCCAUGACUCACAGAUGUGUGAGUAAACCUGAUUGUGAGCAUAAGCAUUUGCACGUGGUAAUGCAGGACCUAUGAGGGAGGAUGUGUAAGUGUUUUAGAUCUGUUCACCAUUUGACUGUAGUUUGGAGCAAGUCUGAGUAUUAGAGAUUGUGCAUGUCAGAGUCCACAGAGGCUUGUUUGGGUGAUGUGUCAGAAGAGGGCAUUGUUGCCAGCAGGAGGUGUGUGUGCUCUGUGUGCACAUGUGUGUGCUAGUCAUUGGUGAGUUUGUCAUUGAGUGGGGGCGAGAGCUGUGUUGGAGGCAGGGGUGUGUGUGUGUGUGUGUGUGUGUGUGUGUGUUUGUGUGCGCGUGUGUGCGUGUAUGUGUGUAUGUAUGUAUGGGAGGACUUGGGCCUGACCAUGGUGUGUGCCCGGGCAGUUGGGGGUUGUCAUGGAGGUUGGGGGAGCAUCUGUGAGAAGUGUGCCCAGUGAGUGUGUGUGAGGGGUGUAUGCGCAGCCUCAGUGGAUGUGUCAGAAGGUGUGUUCCUCACUCAGUACUUGCACAGGUUGUUCUUUGGAUAGAAGGAACCUGGUCAACUAGAGUGCAGGCAGCUCACAGAGCAUUUGCUGCCCUGGCUGUUCAGGAUCUGCCUUGUUCCUCUGGGACUGCCUCAGAAUCACAGGCUCUGGCUGGCUUUUGUGUCCCUGCAAGCCCUCCCCCGACAUUCCUUCAGGCUCUGAGGGGGAGAGAGCCUAGCUCAUUAGACCCCACCCUGUGGAAAGGGAAGAUUCUUGAGCCAUCCCCCAUUCCCCCACCUCCUCACAUGCCACCAGCUUCCCUGCCCCUCCUUGGGAGAGAGGGGUGAUUGUACCCAUUCUGAAGUAGGACAAACUGAGAAUUUAUGGCUAAUCUAGGGGAAGAUGCCAUGCGUGGGUUUUCUGUAGUUCUCUUUUGGUCAAGGUUUGAGGUGGGGCUUGAACCCCUGGAGGUUUAUGGCUCAAAAACUAGAACUUUAGCCUAUCUGGCUGGUCUAGGGUGGGUGAGUGGUGAGUCCAGGCUUAACUUGGCUUUCUCAAUCCUUGUGGGUCCUGCUCCUCCAGGCACUACCUGUGCCUGGGACUCACCCUCCACCCAAACCCGGGUAGUGCAGCGGGGGCGGUCAGAGGGCGGGGCUGCUGCCAAUCUAGUCAGACAGGUGGAGCUGCUGGGGCAGGAGUCUCAAAGAGCCAGGCUCCCAGAGAGGAGUGAGAAGAGAGCAUCAGAGAAGAGACAGAGGCUGGAGAGUAUUUGGCCAGGAUGGAGGCUGUUGUGAACUUGUACCAUGAGAUGAUUAAGCAUAUAGAUCCCCGGAUCCAAGGCUACCCUCUCAUGGGGUCCCCCCUGUUAAUGACCUCCAUCCUCCUGACUUACGUGUACUUCGUUCUCUCACUUGGGCCUCGCAUCAUGGCCAAUCGGAAGCCCUUCCAGCUGCGUGGCUUCAUGAUUGUCUACAACUUCUCACUGGUGGCACUCUCCCUGUACAUUGUCUAUGAGUUCCUGAUGUCUGGCUGGCUGACUAGCUACACCUGGCGCUGUGACCCUGUGGACUAUUCCAACAACCCGGAGGCACUGAGGAUGGUUCGAGUGGCCUGGCUCUUCCUCUUCUCCAAGUUCAUUGAGCUGAUGGACACGGUGAUCUUUAUUCUCCGGAAAAAAGAUGGACAGGUGACCUUUCUACAUGUUUUCCACCACUCAGUGCUUCCCUGGAGCUGGUGGUGGGGCGUAAACAUUGCCCCAGGAGGAAUGGGCUCUUUCCAUGCCAUGAUAAACUCCUCUGUGCAUGUCAUCAUGUACCUGUACUAUGGAUUGUCUGCUGUCGGCCCUGUGGCUCAGCCCUACCUUUGGUGGAAAAAGCAUAUGACUGCCAUCCAACUGAUCCAGUUUGUCUUGGUCUCACUGCACAUCUCCCAGUACUACUUCAUGCCCAGCUGUAACUACCAGUAUCCAGUCAUCAUCCACCUCAUCUGGAUGUACGGCACCAUCUUCUUUGUGCUCUUCUCCAAUUUCUGGUAUCAUUCUUACACCAAAGGCAAACGGCUGCCCCGUGCAGUUCAGCAAAAUGGAGCUUCAGGUACCACCAAAGUCAAGGCCAACUGA